GGAAGGAGCAAGAGGAGAGGCGGAGUGAACGACGGACACUAUAUUUUCGUUACAACAACAUUAUUUUGUUAUUGUUGGAGAAAACGCUUAUUUAUUUUUCAUGAUAGGGAAGUCGAAUAUGUGAGCUGUUCUGCUCACGUUCCGUAUAAUUCGGAGUUUCAGCAAGACUGCUGCUGCUUGUCCUCCUGUCCAUCCAUCUCGGUUUUGUUGUUUUUUAUUAUUGCAUAUAUGCUCUUGGCUAAUAAUGCAUCAUUUGACAUUUCGUCCUCAUUCACAAUGAGACGUAAAGGAAGGACGUCGACGAAGAAGCGAGCAGAAGAAGCUUCUUUUUGACUCAUUCUGACAGGUCUGAUGUGAUCUGUCGAAGAUCAGGCUGCGGACGGUGAAUAUGAAAUAACUUUGUUUACAUGAUUUCACGAAGAAGAGCAAACAUAAGACACAUAAAGAUCGCAGCCACAUCUGGUCAUCGACUCGGUAUUGUUUAAAGACCGAAUUUUCGCUGGGAUUAUUUUCUUUGUAGUCUAUUGCUUUUAUUUAUUUGUUUCAUUUUCUUUUCUUUUUUUUUUUUUUUUUUUUUUGACGUUCGGGCUGAUUCAUGUGUCACAUAUACACAUGCAGUCUCCAUCUGACGGUGCGGACAGCCAAGAAGACUCGCCUGCGGACACUGGAUGUAAUUAAUCAUCGGAAUAAUUAGCACUCUGUCUAUCUAUCUCACAUUUUAAUUCCAGUUCGCGGCGCCCCUGGGUUUAACGCUUCUGCUUUCCAAAAUCUACCGAAGUUGUCAGCCUCUUCUUGACUUGCCGAGUUCAAGUUUUGUUCGCACCGCGUCACUGAAGAGCGCGUCACUGAACUCACUGACAGCUGAGCGAUAAAUCAGGAGUCGACUAUUAUUAAUCGAUUGUUCCCGCCGGGAAGCCUGGGCAUUCGCGGCCAGCUCGCGGCAGUGCCAUGUCCAGGCCGCUGUCACAGCUCUUACCCCCCGAGCUGCCGGCGGGGGCCAGUCCACAGUUUGGGGCCAGCAGCCAGGCGGGUGGAGCCCCAGGUGCAGGACACCUGAACUCCAUGACCAGCCUCAAGUCCCUCCUACAAGUACCCAACAAAUGUGAUCAGAGAACCAAAGACUGCUGUGAUAUGAAAGCAGAGAAAGACAAACCCCUGGAGUCCGAGGAGGAGUCCAGCUCUCUUGGUGGGAGUGGUGGUGGAUGCUCCCUGAGGUCCUCCUCCCAGUCGGCUUUCCUGGGCCCCUUGCUGUGGGAGCGCACGCUGCCUUGUGAUGGCGGGCUGUUCCAGCUGCAGUACAUGGACCUGGAGGAGUUCCUCACCGAGAACGGCAUGGGCAGUGUUCACAACAACAGCUCAAGUUCUGCUCAGAUACCGGCCCAGAGUCCCCAGUCUGCCAUCCCCAACCAGAGUUCCCAAUGUCCUCCGUCCUCCCCCACACCUUGCUCGUCAUCCUCUUCCAUUUCCUCAUCCUCUUCAUCUCCGUCAUUGCUGGGCCUGGAGGUGCAGCAAGUGAGGCAGGGUUUGCUGGGAGCCUCUGAGUGUCUUCACGGAGCGCAUGGAAACUCUCUUGACCACUCUCCAUCCCCCUCAUCGUCUUCUUCUUCCUGUCCUCCACCUCCAAUCCCGCCUUCUGCUAAUGGGACUGAUAUCAUGGUGAACUUCGACCCUGAUCCUGCAGACCUGGCGUUAUCCAGCGUCCCCGGCCAGGAGGCUUUCGACCCACGAACACACAGCUUCAGCGAAGAGGACCUAAAGCCACAGCCCAUGAUCAAGAAGGCCCGCAAAAUGCUGGUGCCAGAUGACAUGAAGGAUGACAAAUACUGGAGCCGACGGUACAAGAACAACGAGGCAGCCAAGCGCUCGCGGGAUGCACGGAGGCUAAAGGAAAACCAGAUCUCUGUGCGGGCAGCCUUCCUGGAGCGGGAGAACGCCGCACUGCGCCAAGAAGUGGCCGACAUGCGCAAGGAACUGGGCCGCUGCCGUAACAUCCUCAACAAGUACGAGAGUCGACAUGGAGAACAGUGCGGAGAGAGCUGAGAGAAUGAUGCGCGGGGCACUAUGCGGAUGGGAAUGCGCAGCUAAGAAGAGAUCGUCUACUAAGAGACUUUAAGCAUCGACAGUUGCGUUUGAGACGGCACGUACAAGGGGAUAGAGCUGUAAAGAAAUUGUACAAAAACUAAUAUUGUACAUUUUGGAACUAUGGAGAGAAUAAUACUUUGGAAGCUGUAGGGAAUUAUAUCUCAGGAGCAAGUGGAAUAGGGCAAAAUUGUGAUUGACAAUACGUCAUAAGGUAACUGUAUAUUUUUAUAUUUGCAAAAUGCGAAGGAUGCUGAGGGGACACUUUACGAGUACAUUUUCUAUAUUUUAUAUGUCCGUGGGAGAGAUUUAGAAAACACAGAGAAAGAGAAGCCAGAGCAAGAGAAGAAAUGGUCGAGGAUAUUUUUCAAGUGAGCGAUUUGUAAAGGAAUGCAGGUGACCGAGAAAAAUGUUUAUUUUGCGGCUGAAAAUAAAGAUUGUUAAAUUAGUUAUUCUAAUUGGCUGAAAAGAUGUAGGUGUUUUGAGUUGCACAUUGAAUAUUGAAAAGUGUAUAGUUUUAAUUUUCGUCAGCUAAUUUGAACGUUUAGUUUUGCCAUCCUCUGUCUGAAUCCUCCGAGUUCAUUAUCUGUCCGAGCGAGUCGGAGAAAGCGCGGAGAGGGAAAUUACGGACGUGAUGAACCUCCAGCUGUAUUCGACGAAGACGGUUUCUUUUCUAUGGUUUUAAAUGGCCAACCGAGUCCUAAAAGCAAAUAGGAGCUUUGAGAAAUGCAGCCUGUUCAGAAUGUUCAUCACAGCGAGGAAACUGGAGGGAUGCACAUGUGUUUGAACACUCUGUCUCUCUGUAUGUAAUUGGUGAACCAAACAGGCUGGUUUAUGCUGUAAUUUUUCACCCAGGAUAAAUCGACAGUGAGCAGGAUUAUUGCCUUACUGUUGUUCUAGUUGUAGAUGUUGCACAGAAUACAGCGAGAUGCUGCAAUUGUUUAACUGCACUACACAGUACUCACCGUGGGCUCCAGCAGCACUUUUUAUACUAUUUGCUUCGUAUCAGUUCCGCUAUUUUACCAUACUACUUACACUCAACUGCCUAUAGUUUUUACGGUCUUGUAAAAUGUAGUGUUUCCCACCACAGUGUAUUUUUUUAAAAUUAGUUCUUAAAAUUAAUUUUCUGUUAUAUACCAUAUUAUUACUGGGCUCUACAAAUAUUAUACAGUUAAAUUAUUAAUAAUGUAUGUGUAUGUGUGCACAAGUGUACAGGUUCAUCAAAAAUGAUGCAAUACCUUUAAAUGGCUAUAUUUAUUGCUGCAUUCCACUGGUUCCGUAUCUCACAUGAGAUUUUAUUCACUAUAUAUAAAUAUAUGUAUGUAUUUUCUUUCCCCCAGUUUGAAAUCCAUGGACAUUAAAUG